AUGGCUCAAAAGCGCUCAGGAUCUUUCUCAGGACUGGACAUGCCACCUGUAGGCGCCAAUGCAGCAUACUACUACAUGGACAGAGCUCGACUAAAGUACAAGACCCAACCUCAACUCGUGGAACCAGUGCGUCUUCCAGCCAAGAUCCCUACGCCUGAGGAGCUUGAUAUCGAUGAGCGUCUCGAUCGUGCCCUAGCAGUGUCCAACCAACUUCUUCAAGAAGCCACCGAGCAACUGGCAAAGACUUGCGUGGCACCGGAUGAGCUCACUCCCUCCGAGAAAGCCGAGAAGAAUAACGCCGAGGCCUGGACUCGCGGCUAUGAAAUCGCGAACCGCACCAAGGACCAGUGGCUUCAGCACAAUGAGUGCCAUCACCAAGAGGACAUGGACGUCAUUGACGAUAUGGAGGUCGGUAACGUGCCAAUUCCAGCUGAUGUCGAUAUCCCGGCCGAGCCGAAAACGCCAAGCAUCGAUCAGCUGAACAUUCCGGACCAGGCAAAAUACUGGCUGAAGGGUUCUUGGGAGUUUAGAGAAUACCGCGAUGCAGACUUUGUCGCCGCAAAGCGUGCAGAGAAGCAGGCGCUCCGCCAGCCUUUACCCGCUGACCUGGCCGGUCACAACAGAGCUUUCUCCGAGCCUGCUAGUGCUUCAAAGCCUGGCAUUACAGAGUCGAACCUCUGGAAGGGCGCUGAGUUUCUAGGGGGUGCCCUCCAGGGCAAGCUCACACGAUCCAGUUUGUCCAUCAGGCACCGUAACCCACGAACAUUGAUAUACGAUGCCUUCCUCCCUCCGAAGCAGAUAAUGGCUUCGGUCAAAACGAGGUCAUAG